GUAGAACAAACCUAGGGUCUUAUUCCCAAUACAUAUAUCCCGACAUAUUUUUGUAGCUUGCAUUUUCGUCUUUUCUUCCCGCUCUGGUUUUCCCAUCUCUUCUCGAAGCGAUAUAUUCGAGAUUUCUUUUAGCAAGAAAAUCUUCGAGUAGGAGAAGAAGAUUCAAAGCUGUGAUUUUCUUAUUGUGAGAAGCUUUUGGUCAGGGUCAAAGGAAGGAAAAAAAAAACCCUUUGCGGAUAUUUCAAAGGGCAGAUUUUCAUCAAUGAAGAUUCCAACUUUAGAAGCUUCCAUUUUUGGAUUGUACUACUGAAAUGAAGGAUGUCUCAGGAAGGGUGAGGAGAGAAUAGGAAGGGGAAAAUCGCCUUCUCGAAGUUCGUCUUUUUAAAAGUCUGUUCGACGUGUUAAUUUUUCUUUCCAAGGGGUUUCGUUACUUGCGUCAGGGGUGUUUGACGGUGUGCUCGCCCCUUUUUCUCGCGAUAUUUCACCAAUGAAGAGAGAUGGACGGAAAACGUAAUUUCUCGGGGCUUUGAAAAGAUGGAUUCCAUUAAACCGGUGUCUUCCAACGUCAACGGCUUAGUACAGACCUUCGCUAAGAAGGUCCUCCGUUUCCGAACAUCUGGAAUCGCCCCUGAUGAUGGGCUUCGCAAGGUGAAGUUGCCCGAGAACACCGUUGUAGAUCCGUCCCCCAAGGCCUGUUUUUCUCAGCCUCUGGAUGGCCCCAGCAUCGAGGAGGAGAAGGAGAAGCUCCGGAAAAGAGAAGCCAUGGAGGCGCUUCUCGCCAAGCUUUUUGCUAGCGUCUCUGCCGUUAAGGCCGCCUACGCCCAGCUCCAGAUUGCGCAGUCGCCGUACGAUCCCGAGACCAUUCAGUCGGCUGACAAAGUUGUGAUUGCCGAGCUGAAGAAGCUGUCGGAGUUGAAGCACUUCUACGUGAAGAAACAGAUACUUCCCUCGCAGGAAUCGCAGCUGCUGGCGGAGAUUCAGGAGCAACAGAAUCUGUUGAAGACGUACGAGAUCAUGGGGAAGAAAUUGCAGUCGCAGCUCCAGCUCAAGGACUCAGAGAUCCUCUUCCUCAAAGAGAAGCAGCAGGAAUUGGAUGGGCAGAACAGAUCGCUCGAGAAGAGGCUAAAUCCGAGCAGUUCUCUGUCUGCUCUCAACAAUCUCCAUAUUUCUGGAUUGAAUCCCAAUCAUUUCAUCUUGGCUCUCCGCCACACGAUCAAAUCAAUCCGAAUCUUUGUUAAGUUGAUGAUCGAUGAGAUGGAGUCUGCAGGAUGGGAUCUUGAUGCCGCAGCCCAUUCCAUCGAGCCGGAUGCAGUUUAUGUGAAGCCGUUCCACAGAUGCUUCGCCUUCGAAGCUUAUGUCUGCAGAAAGCUCUUUGGAGAUUUCCAGUUCCCUAAAUUCUCUACUCCAAGCGAGCAUUCGUCGAAACAGAGGCACCGACGACGCCAUUAUUUUGAUAGUUUCAUGCAGUUGAAGUCCGUGAAGACGGUGGAAUUUCUCAUGGAAAGUCCUGAAUCAUCAUUCGGGAAAUUCUGCCGUUCAAGGUAUCUAGCAUCGGUGCAUCCGAAGAUGGAGGCGGCCUUCUUUGGGGAUCUCACUCAGAGGAGCCUUGUGAGCUCUGGCAAGGUUCCAGAAACCCCAUUCUUCGGGGCGUUUGCAGAGGCAGCGAAGCGGGUCUGGCUUCUGCACUGCUUGGCUUUCUCAUUCGAGCCGGAGGCCUCCAUUUUUCAGGUGAGGAAAGGGUGCCGGUUUUCCGAUAUGUACAUGGAAAGCGUAGUCGACGACACAGGUUUUGUGGCCGAUGAUGCGCCGGAUAUCAGGCUUCAGGUGGGUUUCACGGUCGUGCCGGGAUUUAUGGUCGGGAAGACUGUCGUACAGUGCAAGGUGUAUCUCAACGGCUGGAAGUCAUCCAGCGAGCGAUGACAGCAUGGGCUUCCUGUUGGAGAAAUGCCAAAGGCUACUUGGGUGAGGACGAGUGGCACGUGUACUAGCAUACGUGUGUGAAAUAUGGACCAUUCAUCAGCUUGGCCCUGCUCCAUGCUCACCCAAGAAUUUGGUUGUUUUUAGCGGACUGUUUGGUCGCUCUCGCAGUCGGGGAUGGCUGAUGAACGGCCUGGAUCUCACACGUGUGUGCCGGGCUGGACGCGUGGCUCCUAUUCCUCGACCGAGUGUCCUGGCAGGGUUGAUCAUGUUUUUUUGGGUGGUAUGUGACGACGCUCGUCUCUCGGAGGCAUCUGGUGGGCCCCACACGGGUGUGGCAGGUUUACUGUCUGGAAUUUGCAGAAUGGGGCAGCUGGAUGGAGUGGCGACUGGUGUUUUUGAUGUCUGGGAUGCUGUGAAAUGGAGAUGACAAAGGAAAACGUGUGGACGGAGCUGCGAUUUUUUUUUUAUAUAUAUAAAAGGAGAUCCUGUUUUUCUUACUAUAUAAAAAUGCGGGUGCUAAGAUAGUAUGAAUAGGAAGCGACUCGAAGUUGGGACUUGUGAUAGAGUAGAAAAUCUUGUGUAUAUUUAUCUUUUGUUCGUCUUGGAAACAACAACAGUAAAAAUGUCUCUACA